GGUGCCCCCCCGAGCAUGAGCACCGCGGGGGCGGGCAGCGCCCCGUUCGGGGGGCUACGGCGGAGCGGGUGGCCUGUGCUGCACGGGGCGGGCAGAGACCCCAGUAACCGCACGGGGAUCCCAGGGAUGCUCCCCCCGCACAGGGACCCCCGCCCUCUCCCGGGCCAGGCUGAAGCCCCCUUGCCCUGGCCCGGUGCUGUGCCGGCGGUACCGAGGCCGGCCCGGUGCUCGCGGGCCAGGCAGGGGCUGACAGGGGGCGCGGGGCAUCCCCCGGUUUUCCUCCCCUCCCCGGUCCCUCGAUCCGCCCAGCUGUCCCGCUGUCCGUCCGUCCAGUCCUGCUCGGUGCGGCGGGAUGGGAUGGGACACGCAGCCCCCCCGCCCCGGGCAGGUAAGGGCGGCCGUCCCGGGGGCACCGGCAGCACCAGCCGGCUCGACGACUGCGGGAACCGUUCUGCGCCGCCAAGCUUCUGCAGAGGGGAUGCGGGGGACGGAGGAAGUGCCCGGGGCAGCGGGAGGAACGGGCUGGGGGGAGCUGGGGAGAUGGGACCCCUGGGAGGGUCUCGAGAUGGAGUGCGGGGGGGCAGUCGUAUUUGGGCCCCGCCGGUGGUGGCACGGCCCCGGGCAGGGCCCUCCGACCGCACCCCGGGGCCUCCCCGCGGCCGCUGACCUCAGCCCCGGGAGCCCCGACGGGGCGGCGGCCCGAGGGCGCGGACACCGCCUGGCCCGGCCGGGAACCGGGGCGGGGGGGCGGGACUCGCCGUCCUGGAGCAAACCCCAGGGCGGCUCUGGGCCCCUCCCGGGCCGGGGGACAAGGCGCGGGGGGUGCCCGGUGCGAGACCCCCCUCCCGCCGCCGGCCCGGGCUUUGUCCGUCCUUGAAUUGAAAUCGUGAGCGGCGGCCCCGGGCCGUGACGGGCGAGCGGGGCUAAUCCGGCCCCGCAUGACUGGUCCGGGGAAACCGCCGCGGGGGGAUUACCCCCCCCGGCCCCGCCACAACGGGGGGCUCAGCUCAGCGCCCCCCUUCCCCCGCACCGGGUUGUUCACACCCUCCCGGGCAGGGGACAGCAGGGACAGACCCUCGUCCCCACUGAGACGCGGGCAAACACCAUCUGUGCGUCACCGUGUCCCGUCCGUGGGCACGCCAGGCCGCCCCCCCUGUCGUCCCCUCCAUCCCCUCACGUUCUCCGUCCUUCUCCCCCCGCUCCAUCUCUCACUCUGUCCAACACUCGGUGUCGGCCCGGGCCAGGCGCCCUGGGACAGGGGGAGCCGUGCGGGGCCGUCCCGCACCCACGGGGGUUGCACACGCCGCGGGCACCCACGCGCACGUUUGCAGGGGUCCCAGGGUGAGGGGUCGGCGGUCGGGACAACCCGGCCCCGAGCGGCGAGAGGAUGUGGCCGCCCCGUCGCGCCGGGUACGGACCGGCAUGGGCAGCGGCCGGAGCGGAACGGGGAACGGGGGCUCCGGACCGGCACCGGCACCAGCACAGCCCCGACUGCCCGGGGGCCUGUACCUACCCUCCCCAAACUCGGAGUCCCGGGACGGCGUCCCCGGGCUGUCCCGGGGCUGUGGUCCCCGGUGAGCCCAGGCUGUCCCGGGACUCUGCCCCUCCCGUGCGCCCGGGGCUAUCCCGGGAGAUCGCGUCACUCCACUCCCCCGUGCGCCCGGGGCUGUCCCGGGAGAUCCCGGGCUAUCCCAGGCCCCCGCUCCCUCCGUGCGCCCGGAGCUGUCCUGGGGAGUCCCGGGCUAUUCCGGGACCUGCUCCUCCGUGCGUCGGGAGCUGUCCCGGCCGUGCCGGCCUCUCCCCGCCGGUGCCGGUAGAGCGUGUGUGCGGGGCGGUGGCGCCGGGCAGGGGGGUGUCGGGGGCUGCAGCCGGGCCCCCCCGGCCGCGCUCUGGGCACGGGGCGCAGCCACCCGCAGGGCUAAUCCGGGCCGUGACGGACAGGCCCGGCGCCGCCGCUCCGGCCGCCCCAUAAGAGGUGCCGCGGCUCCGCCGCUCCCCAUUGUUAGGGCGAGGACGCGGGGAGGCCCCGCUCGGCGGGACCGGCCCAUGGGGACCCUCCGCGCCGCCCCUAUAAGAGGGAAGGGGCUGGAAGAUGCUCCCGGGUGCUGAGCGCUGCGCACCCGCCGAGCCGAGCCGAGUCCAGUCCCGCCGCCUCCCCGGGGAGCCCCCGGGAGCCGUGCACCGGCCACCGAGUAUCGGCACCGGGCAGCGGGCACGGAGCAGGGGCACUGGGUACCGCGCCCGCACCGCCGAGCACCGGCAUCGGGCGCCGGGCGCCGCGCACGGAUCCCCCGACGCCGCGCCCCGGGCACCGGGCAGGGAGCGACGGGCACCGCACUCCCGACGCCGUGUCGCGGGCACCGGGCACCGGCUGCAGCCUGUUGCCGGUGUCGGUGCCGGCCCACCCGCCCGUAGCUCCCCGCGGCCGCCCUCAGAGCAGCCGCCCGCCCUGCCCGCGCCCCGCGCGUCCGGAAACACGCGUGGAUGUAGCGGCCGGGCCGGGGGCUCCGCGGCACCAUAAAUACCCCGGCGGCCGCUCGCCCGCGCACUCUGCCGGGGCCUCCCGGUGCCGGAGCCAUGCGAGCCGCCGCGCUGGGGCUGGCGCUCCGGGCGCUCUGGGCUCUGGCCCUCUCCUCCCUCUCCAACACGCUGGCGGUGAACAACAGCGGGCGGUGGUGGGGCAUCAUCAACGUGGCCUCAUCCACCAACCUGCUGACGGACUCCAAGAACGUGCAGCUGGUGCUGGACCCCAGCCUGCAGCUGCUGAGCCGCAAGCAGCGCAAGCUGAUCCGCCAGAACCCCGGCAUCCUGCACAGCGUCAGCUCCGGCCUCCAGACCGCCAUCAAGGAGUGCAAGUGGCAGUUCCGCAACCGCCGCUGGAACUGCCCCACCUCCCAGGGCCCAAACAUCUUCGGCAAAAUUGUCAACCGGGGCUGCAGAGAGACAGCGUUCAUCUUUGCCAUCACCAGCGCCGGUGUGACGCACUCGGUGGCCCGGUCCUGCUCGGAGGGCUCCAUUGAGUCCUGCACCUGCGACUACCGACGCCGUGGCCCUGGGGGGCCCGACUGGCACUGGGGGGGCUGCAGUGACAACAUCGAUUUUGGGCGCCUCUUUGGGAGGGAGUUUGUGGACUCCAGCGAGAAGGGCCGUGACCUGCGCUUCCUCAUGAACCUGCACAACAACGAGGCCGGGCGCAUGACGGUCUUCUCAGAGAUGCGCCAGGAGUGCAAGUGCCACGGGAUGUCGGGUUCCUGCACCGUCCGCACGUGCUGGAUGCGGCUGCCCACCUUCCGCGCCGUGGGCGAUGUCCUGAAGGACCGUUUCGACGGCGCCUCCCGCGUCAUCUACGGCAACAAGGGCAGCAACCGGGCGUCGCGCGUGGAGCUGCAUCACCUGGAGCCCGAGAACCCGGCCCACAAACCCCCCUCGCCCCACGACCUCGUCUACUUCGAGAAGUCACCCAAUUUCUGCACGUACAGCGGGAAGACGGGGACAGCGGGCACAGCCGGGCGCUUCUGCAACAGCUCCUCGCCGGGGCUGGACGGGUGCGAGCUGCUGUGCUGCGGGCGCGGGUACCGCACACGCACCCAGCGCGUCACCGAGCGCUGCAACUGCACCUUCCACUGGUGCUGCCACGUCAGCUGCCUCAACUGCACCAACACGCAGGUGCUGCACGAGUGCCUGUGAGACCCCCGGACCACCCUGCCCAGCCCCGGAGGGGGUCUGCGCCACCCCCCGUGAUGGGUGCCCCGGCUGGAUUGAAGGCGCCCAUGGGUGGGCAUGCGGCUGCACCCUGGGGACCCCCCCGUCCUGUCACGGGCAGAGCGGCUGCCCCGGGGUCAGUAGCCAGCCUGGGCGGGCUUGGUGCCACGCACCUUCCCGGCCACCCCUCGGCUGCACGGGGUCCCCUUCUCACUGUAAAUAACAUAUUUAUUGUGGAUGGUUUGAUGCCAUCCCGCCCCCAGCCCCCACUUCACUGGCCCCAGGCCCUGUUUUUUUAUAAUUAAAGAUAAUAAUAAUAAUUAAUAAUAAUAAUGCUUUGUUACAGGUUUCACUGAUAGCCUUUAGAGAAGAAUAAAGGAUAUAUUUUUAUCAGUCCUGACCUGAUUCAUUUCUGGGGGGCCGGGGAAGGGAGGGGACAAGUUGUGGGGGAGGAAGUGUCCCCCAAACCUUGGGGGUGGGCAGCCGGUCCUCGCUGCCCUCAGCCAUCAACUCUGUCCAUCUGUCCAUCACCUCUCCAUCCACUCACCUCCUCAUUCUGUGUCCUCCAGCCGUCUGUCUGUCCACCCUACUCCCUUCCUCUGCU